GACGGCAAGGGAGAAGUUGUUCAUAUCUGCAAGGUAUGCUUGCAGCGGGUGCUGCAGCAGCGCGUGCAGAAUCCCCCAGUCGUGAAGAAGGGCGACCCAGAUAAUUAUUGCGGACUGUGUGCCCAGUCGGCGGAAAACUUGCCAGUCAAGUCCAUCAAGGCGUGCACACACGAAAUCUGCACGCGGGUGUAUUGUUUGCCCUGUAUCGACAAACUGAUUGGCAGAGCGCAGUCUCACAAGGUGUGGCGGACCAACAACUGGUUGUGUCCGAACUGCUCAACAGAUAAUGAUGAUGCUUCUCCUAGAGAGGAAGCGAGGGGGGCUGAAGCCGUUUCAGCUACAGCGUCCAAGCAGAAGAAGCGAAGGCGACGCAAUGAGAUUGAUGAUAGCACAACCGCAGACGAAGAUGAACCAGAACUUGGGAAGCCAAUCGGUUCGCCAUCCGACAUGCAGCCUAUUGACUAUGCGGUGACAUAUUUCAAGUUCUUGCUGGAACGUGAGAUAACAGUCGAGUUCGCGGAAUCGGAAGAUGCAUGA